AUGUUACAAGGCUUUGAUGGAAUCCCCCACCCUUAUCGCCUAACUGUACCAGUGUCUGUCCAGUAUGAAGGAAUCCGCAUUCUGCACCAAUUCGUGGUGACUAACAAUUUGGACAUUAAUGUUUUGGGACGAGACCUACUUUGUCGACUACAGCUUCUGCUUGUAUGUCAGCCGCAUCCCAUAGAGAUUGAACACGCUCAACAUCGACAGUGCUAUCAGCAUCGAACCCCCCAGUGGUGGAGCCUGGACUUGGAGGACCAAGAACACCAUGUCACACUUGCCUAUGAUGCGAGUGGAUCCAACUCGGAACUGGAGCAAUUCUUUGGGCCCCAUGAGGGCAGUCAGUGGACCAUCACCGAGUUGGCUACCGUAACCGGUCGGGAAGGAGAAGCAUUGGCCGUGUCAAUAUCUAUGUCCAACUGGAGGCAAAGUCCUGGCAUCGCACCUCAUCUUACGCUAAAAGUAUACCUUCCAUAUACCGCCAAAGAUCUCGGACCAAUGGUUUUUCACGCCUUGAAGGGAUCAGAUGAAAAUAUCCAAGGCCCCCAGCAAGUUACCUCCGAUCUGUCCAUUACCCAUUCACCCACCCGACCUACUCGGGAGGGUACCUUGAGACACCAUAAGGGCCGAGAUAUUGUGGAAUUUACUGAUCCGGAAGUAUGGGCGAAUGAUCAGACUCAAGUAGGACUUACAAAUGUUGAGCCAGUCCUGGUGCAGGUCAAGCCAGGUGCAGCCAUGCCAUCUACACGACAAUAUCCCUUGAAAGUCCAGGCCGUACCCUGUAUCGACAGGUUACUCAAAGGACUAUUGGAGCAGGGUAUUUUGAUCACAUGCCAGUCCUGCUGCAACACACCAAUUCUCACAGUCCCAAAACCAGGAAAGCCGAAUCAGUAUCGUCUAGUCCAGGACCUGCGGGCCAUUAAUGCCAUAGUACAACCAUUACAUGCUCUUGUUCCUAACCCAGCACAUAUUCUUGCUACCAUCCCGGCUAAAGCAACCGUCUUUGGAUCGGUGGAUCUCCAACAUGCCUUUUUCUCGAUUCCUUUACAUCCAGACUGUCAGUACCUGUUCGCAUUCACCUAUAAUGGACAACAGUAUACAUGGACCAGAUUGCCACAGGGCUUUGUAAACUCACCGACCCUAUUUUCUCGUUGUCUGCAACAGCAGUUACAAAACCUUCAGUUACCUGAGGGGUCUGCAUUGAUCCGGUACGUUGAUGACCUUUUAGUGGCCAGUGAAACGGAGGAGCAGAAUAGGGAAGCUAUAAUUUUGUUGUUGAACUUUGUGAAGACAUUGGGGUACGUUGUGUCCCCCUCCAAAGUACAUGUCGGUCAAAAGGAGGUGAAAUUCCUUGGAGUCAUAAUCUCCGCAGAUGGCCGUCGGUUGGACGAGAGCCGCACUGACCCCAUUUAUAGAACAGCACCUCCCACGUCAGCCAGGGGAAUGCGACAGUGGCUGGGAAUGAUCAACUACUGCCGUCAGUGGAUUCCGAAUGUGGCCCUGGACAUAAAGCACCUGACCCCUUACACCAGCGAGGAAAGUACCUUUGUGUUGUCAGGUGAAGCCUUGACAGCGUUCAAUAAUCUACGAGAGGCCCUGCAGAAGGCUCCUGCGCUGGGGCGACCCCUGUAUGAUAGACCUUUUCAGCUCUAUUGUACCGUCCUGGGCGAAUGUGCCACUGCGGUUUUGACCCAGCUGCAUGGGGAUAAGCACCGACCAGUGGCGUAUUAUUCAUCCAAGUUAGACCCUGUGGCACUGGGGUAUCCCCAUUGUACACAGAUUCUGACAGCGGUAUACAAUAGUCUUCAGUCGGCAGCCAACCUGACUCUCCAGCAGGACAUUACCGUAUAUUCCUCCCACUCUGUGACCGCCCUACUGGGACAACUCCAGACCCAGCAUUUGACCUCAGCCAGACAAAAUAAAUAUGAGAUCUACCUGUUGAAUAAUCCCAAGCUACAGUUCCGGCACUGCACCACUAUCAACCCCGCUGCGUUUCUCUGCUCUCCUCCUGACCCCCUCGCUCCAUGCGACCAUAACUGCUUGGAGGCUAUUCUCACAGAUACCAGUCCGCGCCCUGACCUUAGCGAUCAACCUCUAGCCUCUCCAGAUUUGAUCCUCUAUACCGAUGGAAGUUCGUCCAUCAACGAGCAGGGACGCCGUCUGUCAGGCUUUGUGGUAGUUAAACAAAAUGGAACCUUGCUGGAUUGUGGCAGUUUUGACCCACCGUUUUCAGCUCAGCAGGCCGAGUUGUUUGCCCUCACCCGAGCCUGUGUCCUCGCGGAGGGGCACUCCGUCAAUAUUUACACCGACUCCCGAUACGCAUUUGGAGUCGUUCACGAUUUCGGACAGUUACGGACAGAGAUUCCUCACCUUGACGGGCAAUAA